CCCCUGUUCUAGAGGGACGCUUCAAAUCGAUCUGGGAACAAGAGUUCAUGUUUGAUCUUAUUAUGGCCCAAAGCUGUAAAUAUACAAACCUCCCCAACACUCCCUGGCCUGGUUGACCCGUUGCUAGGUCCAGUCCGUUGCUAGGUCCAGUCCGUUGCUAGGUCCAGUCCGUUGCUGGGUCCGGUCCUUUGCUAGGUGCGGUCCGUUGCUAGGUCCGGUCUGUUGCUAGGUCCGGUCCGUUGCUAGGUGCGGUCCAUUGCUGGGUCCAGUCCGUUGCUAGGUCCAGUCCGUUGCUAGGUCCAGUCCGUUGCUGGGUCCGGUCCUUUGCUAGGUCCAGUCCGUUGCUAGGUCCGGUCCUUUGCUAGGUCCAGUCCGUUGCUGGGUCCGGUCCUUUGCUAGGUGCGGUCCGUUGCUAGGUCCAGUCCGUUGCUAGGUCCGGUCUGUUGCUAGGUCCGGUCCGUUGCUAGGUGCGGUCCAUUGCUGGGUCCAGUCCGUUGCUAGGUCCAGUCCGUUGCUGGGUCCGGUCCUUUGCUAGGUCCAGUCCGUUGCUGGGUCCAGUCCGUUGCUAGGUGCGGUCUGUUGCUAGGUGCGGUCUGUUGCUAGGUGCGGUCUGUUGCUAGGUUCGGUCCGUUGCUAGGUGCGGUCGACCCAGUUGACCCAUUGUUUUCUGAUAAAAAUCUAGAAAUUUCUGUUCAAUUUCACUGAUUUAUUCUGGUACUGGUUCUGGUUCUGGUUUUGGUAUUGGUUCUGGUUCUGGUCUUGGUUCUGGUUCUGGUUCUGGUUCUGGUUCUGGUCUUGGUUCUGGUUCUGGUUCUGGUUUUGGUUCUGGUACGUUUCCAGACAUUCCUGCCGAAUUGUGAAUUUCCCUGCAGCAAAUUAAAUAAAGAUAAUCUCUAAAAAGUAUUAAAAUAUAAGUUUAGUUUUAUUUAACACCAAUAUUCUAUAAUCUCAGAUUAGGGUGUGACUAGAUUUCCACAUUGGUCAGGUUGGUUUGGAAAUAUUUGUUCCUUUAAAAUCUAAAAUCAUCAGUUAAAAAACCAGCAUUUUGUGUUUGUUUAGAUUCUGAAACAUUUUCCUACAGCAGGCAGGUGGGAGGAGCCUGCUGUCGCUCAGCUCUCACUCUCACCGCAACGGGACUCCAGAUUAAAACUUCACCUAAAUCCUCCACAAACAGAUGCAGAGUUAAAAUCUGACGAUGACUUAUGGCCAUUUUUAUGAAAAGUUAUCAGCUGUUUGUUUAGAAAGAGGAAAAUCAUUUUCAUAACUCAUCAUCAGUUUUAUAUUGAUAUUAUUUGUUAUUGAUUCAUUUUAUCAGCUGUUUUCCGGCCUGGAGUCGUUAUGUAACAUCUGACUGCAGCGAAUUUAAGAAGAAUUGAACCAAAUGAGGAUUUUCUCUAAUUUAUACGGAUAUUUACAUACAGGCUGCUGACGUCUGAUUGGAUGAUAGUUAGCAUGUUAGCAUGUAGCAGAGAAAACACAGCAGGAGCGUCCGUCCAUCCGUCCAUCUAUAGUCUACAAAGUUUCAUCCCCGUGUUUUUCCUCCAAUCAUCUCUCAGCUCUGUUGUCUGGCCGACGGAUGCAGGGAGGUGAGAUGCUGGCGGAAGUGGAGGAGAGAGGAGGAUGGAGAGAGAGAGGGAGGAAUCUCACCUCGCUCGCUCACUCCCACACCUUUUCUGUCCCACUGUAUCGAUGCGCCGCCGUUUCUCUCUGCAGCAGUUCUGAUCAGCAGGCAGAGUUUCCUCCUCAGAUGCAGAUCUGAUCUCUGAUCAGUUUUCUGCCUCCAGACUCGUUGGAGUUCCUCCUCUCUCCCUCUGGGAAUCGGUUUCUUCAGUUCUCUGAAGGGAAUCUUGUUGAGUUAGUUCCAUCUGAACUCUGAGUUUCUGUCUCCAGCAUGGACUGAACCGGACCUGAAUCUGAACCGGACCUGAACGGACAGCCUUCUAACGUUUCUCGGUCUUCCUCGCAUGCCGCCAUGUUUGCCAGAAUCUUCGUCCCCAAGAAGCACCGGCAGCGUUUCGACGAGGCCGUCUCCCAGAACGUCAUCAACCGGCUCUGCCGCUCCAAGAGCAUCAGCGAGCCGCAGGGCCGCAUGCGCCGCAGCCGCAGCGAGGACCAGUCCGACCGCCGCCACGGCUCCAAGCGGGCCAGCUCCGUGCCCAGGGACGGCGGAGAACCAGAGAGGGAGCGGGGCGCCAGGAAGGCCGGGGGCCCCACGUACCCCCCGCUGGGGCCCAACCAGAGGGUGAUCCGAGUCUACAGAGGGAAGAAGAGCUUCGGCUUCACGCUGCGAGGCCACGCCCCCGUCUGCAUCGACUCCGUCAUCCCAGACAGCCCUGCUGAGGAGUGUGGCCUGAAACCCGGUGACCGCAUCCUGUUCCUGAACGGCCUGGACAUGAGGAACUGCUCCCACGAGAAGGUGGUGUCCAUGCUGCAGGGCAGCGGGGCGGUGCCCACCCUGCUGGUGGAGGACGGCCCGUCAGACUACUCCUCGGACCAGACCGACCCAGAAGAAUCCCCCAGUCUGGCUCCUGCCAUGGUUCCCCGCUCCAGGUCCCCGGCGCUCAGCUCCCUGCAGUGGGUGGCAGAGAUCCUCCCUCCCAGCAUAAAGGUUCAGGGUCGGACCUUCAGCCAGCAGCUGGAGCAUCUGCUGACCAUCCAGGAGCGCUACACCGUCUGCAAGGCCCUGGAGACUUUCUUCCAGCACAGGAACCUGGACAGCCUGAUAGUGGACAUCUUCCCGGUGCUGGACACUCCGGCCAAGCAGCUGAUCUGGCAGUUCAUCCACCAGCUGCUGACCUACGACGAGCAGGAGCGCUGCCAGAGCAAGCUGUCUCGCUUCCUGGGCUUCAAGAGCAGCGUGCUGCUGGAUCCUGACGGCGCUCCAGAGCACCACAAACGCAGCAGCUCCAUGCGGGUGACUGGAUCGUCGUAUCGCAGCUGCGUCAGGGAGCGGAGUUCUGACGACUGCAUCAUCGGGACUCACCUGGGAAUGGGAAUUCAUGUGGAUGAAUGUGGGAGCCCGGAGGAGAGGCAGUCUGGAGACGGGACCUCCUUCCCCGAGUCCCCGGACCUCAGCCAUAUGACAGGUGUGUACACGGAGCUGGAGAACCUGUACGCAGGGAAGAGCGUGUCGCCCGCAGAGCCUGAGGCAGCGGGACAGACCGAGGCCUACAGCCGCUCUCUGUCCCCCCUCACUCUGCCCCCGCUCACAGGCAGCAGGAAAUCGGGUCUGUCCCUGUCCUGGAAGGAGCCGCUCCCCUCCGCCAUCUACCAGGUGCAGCACCAGAGCAGCGUGGAGUCCAACCCAUACGUCAGCCUGGAGAGCCCCCCCGCCUCGCCGCCGCGCCCCGCCAGCGGCCCCAGCACGCUGACCCGCCGCAGGAAGUUAUUCACCUUCUCCAGGCCGCCCCGCAGCCGCGACACUGACAAGUUCCUGGACGCUCUGAGCGAGCAGCUGGGCCACCGGGUCACCCUGGUGGACGACAACGACUACGAGGAGAUGAGCUUCCCAGAGGAAGUGGGCGUGGCCUUCCGGCCGCGGCGCCUCAGCAGCGGCAGCAGCGCGGAGCGCAGCAGCAGCAGCGGCGACGAGGACGCCCCCUCUCCCUCGUCCUCCUCCGGGUCGGAGCCCAUCCCCCCCCCGCCCGACCAGAGCCCCCCGCCCCCCCCGCCCCUCCAGGCGCUGAUCCCGCCCCCCGUCCAGUUCACCGACCCGCUGCCACCGGCGCGGUUCUCCCCAGAGCGCGGCCCCCGCGGCCGCGCCCCCUUCCAGCCGCAGCACCCCAUCAUCCCGCCGCCGCCGCCGCCCCCCCGCACACUGCUGGCCGCGCGCUCGCCGCUGCUCAAGCCCACCAGGGAGGAGGUGGAGAAGGCCCGGCAGCGGUUCCGCUCCUCGUCCAGCCGCUUCUCGCAGGGCGCCGCCCCGACCUGCUGCACGCUGCGCGCCACCCCCCCCCGCAGCACCCACCUGCCCCGCCAGCUCAGCCAGCCGCAGCCCGCCCCCCAGGCCUCCCCCCUGCCGCUCCGGCCCAGCCAGCUGGUGCUGCAGCGCCACCAUCAGCUGCACCACCAGCACAGCUACCAGGGCCCUCUGCCCCCCUCCCUGCAGAACCAGAACCAGAACCAGAACUCCUCCCUCCCCACCCACACCGGCAGCUUUGACGCCCCCCCACCGGAGCCGCAGUCCCAGCAGGCUCCGCCUCCUCCGCCCCCUCCCCUCCCACCGCCCUGUGACCCCCCCCCGCUGCCAGCUGGCCAGCAGCUGUCCGACGCCAACCACAUGAGCGUGAAGCGUCUGCGCUGGGAGCAGGUGGAGAACUCGGAGGGAACCAUCUGGGGUCAGCUCAGAGAAGACUCGGACUACGAUAAGCUCAGUGACAUGGUGAAGUACUUGGACCUGGACCUGCACUUUGGGACUCAGCGCCGACCCAUUUCUCCUACAGAACCAGCAUUCCUGCCAGAGAACCUGAAGAAGAAAGACGUGGUGGAGAUCCUGUCCCACAAGAAGGCCUACAACGCCUCCAUCCUCAUGGCCCACCUGAAGCUGUCUCCUGACGAGCUGCGCCAGGUUCUGUUGGACCUGAGCACGGACCGGCUGGAACCGGCCCACAUCAAGCAGCUGCUGCUCUACGCGCCCGACCAGGACGAGGUCCAGCAGUACCAGCGCUUCCAGCAGGACCCGGCCAAGCUCAGCGAGCCGGACCAGUUCAUCUACCAGAUGCUGACGGUUCCGGAGUACAAGACCCGGCUGCGCAGCCUCCUGUUCAAAACCACACUGCAGGAGCGGGCCGAGGAGAUGAAGGCGGCCUUUGACUACAUCUACAAGGCCUCGGCGGAGCUGAAGGGCAGCAGGAAGCUGGCCAAGAUCCUGGAGUUUGUCCUGGCGAUGGGGAACUACCUGAACAACGGUCAGCCUAAGAGCCACAGAACCACGAGCUUCAAGAUCAACUUCCUGACGGAGUUAAGCACGACGAAGACUGUCGAUGGAAAAUCCACCUUUCUUCAUAUUCUGGCCAAGUCGCUGAGUCAGCACUUCCCCGAGCUGCUGAGCUUCCCCAGAGAGCUGCCGACGGUUCCUCUGGCCGCUAAAGUCAACCAGAGGGCCGUCACUACGGAGCUGAGCGAGCUUCACGCCGCGGCCCAGGACAUCCGGACGGCCUGCCAGACGCUCCCGGCGACGGCCGACGAUCACUUCGCUUCUGUCAUGAGCAGUUUUCUGGAGAACAGCCACCCGGCCCUGCAGUCCCUGGAGUCCCUCCAGUCCCGGGCCAUGGCCGAGUUCUCCAAGGUAGCGUCCUUCUUCGGGGAGGACAGCCGGUCCACCAGCACCGACUCCUUCUUCGCCAUCUUUGCAGAGUUCAUGUCCAAGUUUGAGAGAGCGCUGAGUGAGACCCAGAGUCCUGAGAACCCCCGCAGCCCCCGACUGUCCUCCCCCAUGGCCUGGUAGGAGCCGCCGGGCCGACCGGACCGGAUCAGAACUGGAUCAGGUGUUAGAUUAGGUGCUGAAACAGACAGAACAUUGCUAUCUCUGUAAGAAGGAGAAUAUUUAUUGUCAUUAAUAAUAAUAUUAUUAAUAAUAUUAUUAUUGCUAAUAUUAUGAUAAUAUUGUAAAUAUUAAGUUUUCACGUUAAAUAUCCUGACGUUAAUAUCUGAUAUUCGGUUUGUUCUGCAGCUCCAGUAAAUUCAUGUUUUCACUUCUGGAGAUUAUUUUUCAUCUGAGCUGAAGCAUAGAUUUUACCAGAUAGAUUGGAUCAGUUUUCUGGAGGAGCUGCGGUCCAGAUUUACUCCAGAUGAUUCUAGAUUUAAUCUGACAUCAGUGACGAUCAGACGGAGAGCGAAGUGAAUAUUUAUUACGUAAAAAUGCUUUUAUUUUUUAAGAAGCCGAUAUGAAGAAAUUUCUGAUCUGAUAAACGUUUUUCAUCACUUCAGUCUGCGAUCCGAUAAAAUCCGUUCUGAUCCGUUAGCCUCAGUUUGGCUUCAGGUUAUUAAUAAACUGAGUCCAGAUAUUUGCCGCUGCCUGCUGGUUUACCUGGUAACCAUGGCGACUCAUCCUGUUCAGUCUCUUUCUGAUCUUUCUAUGCAUCCUGCUUGUUGGCUCCGCCCCAAAAAUCCGUUUAUUUUCUUAUGAAACUUUUUCUUGUUCUGCGGCUUCGGUGAGGCGACGCGGCGCAGCGGCAUGACGUCACUUCCUGUUGGGAUGUGCAGCUGGUAGCAUAUUUCUAGUUCCAGUAAGGUUCUGUUCUGGUUCUGUGGUUCUGGAAGCUUUUCUGCUUUAAAUAAACUUCAUGUUUUGGA